AGACAUGUUCUCCACCUCUGUCUCUCUCUCCAAAUCAAAAUUCCAUUUGAUGUGUCAAAUACUCACACACAUCCUCAGGCAUGGCGCUUCUCUCUCUACUGUUUGUUCUCCUUCUCUUCACCGCCGUACGUUCCCAACCGUCACCUCCCAAAGGCAUUCUUAUCGAUUGCGGCGCCACUGUUCCAUCGGUAAUUGACAAUCGGGAAUGGCUUCCCGAUGGUUCCUUCGUCUCAGCUGGUGUAGCCAAAAAACUAUCCAUUACAGGUCUCUUUCCAACUCUCUCCACCCUCCGUUCUUUCCCUCUUCUUGCCGGUGCUCGCCGGAAAUUUUGCUACGUUGUUCCGGUUUUCCAAGGUGCGAAGUACCUUGUCCGGACCACAUACUACUAUGGCGGAGUAAAUGGUGUGGAUUCGCCGCCGGUGUUUGAUCAGAUUGUCGAUGGCACGGUAUGGAGUGUUGUGAACACCACAGAUGAUUAUGCCAAUGGGAUGUCGUCUUACUAUGAAGGGGUGUUUGUUUCUAAUGGGAAGACCAUGAGUGUCUGUGUCGCUCAGAACACCUAUACCAAUUCUGCUCCGUUUAUUUCUGCUUUGGAGUUUGUGAUUUUGGGGGAUUCACUCUACAAUACCACGGAUUUCGCGAAGUACGGUCUCAGCUUGGUUGCUAGACACAGUUUUGGAUACGGAGGGUCACUCCUCAAAUUCCCUGAUGACCAAUUUGAUCGAUACUGGGAGCCAUUUGGAGACAAUAAUCCUACAAUACAAAGCAUCAGAAAUGUCUCUGUUUCUGGGUUCUGGAACCUUCCACCGGAGAAGAUUUUUGAUACUGUGCUGAUGUCUGAACAGCCCAUGGAGCUGCAGUGGCCUCCAGGACCUCUUCUAAAUGAUACCUAUUACACCGCAUUAUACUUCGCGGAUAAUAGUAAUGCCUCAUCAGGGAGCUCCAGAGUAUUAAACAUCACAUUAAAUGGAAUAGAAUAUUACAACAAUCUGAAGGUGACUCCAUUUGGUGUAGCUGUCUUUGCGACUCAAUGGCCUCUUUCGGGACUAACAAAGAUAAUUCUGACUCCUGCGGCUGGAUCAGGUGUUGGUCCCUUGAUCAAUGGUGGGGAGAUUUUUGGUUUGUUGCAACUUGGAGGAAGAACUAUCACCCGGGAUGCAAUUGCUUUGAAGAGUGUGGGGAAUAGUCUGCAGAAUCCACCACUUGAUUGGAGUGGUGAUCCUUGUUUACCUCGUGCAUACUCAUGGACUGGAGUUUCAUGCUCUGAGGGGCCACAGAUCCGUGUUGUGGCUUUAAACUUUACAAGCAUGGGUCUUUCAGGAUCUCUAUCACCAUAUAUGGCCAAUUUGACUGCAUUGACUGAUAUCUGGCUUGGGAACAACAAUUUGUCUGGGACAAUUCCUGAUCUCACCUCGUUAAAGAGGCUUCAGACGCUGCACUUGGAGGACAAUCAGUUUAGUGGAGCGGUUCCUUCAUCGCUUGGGAACAUCCCAAGAUUGCGUGAACUAUUCUUACAAAACAACCACCUGACUGGCCAAAUUCCUGACAGUCUUAAAGCAAAACCUGGAUUGAACCUUAAGACCUAACCUGGAAAUAACUUUUCACUGUCACGCCUCCUGCAAAAUAAUGUGUACCAGACAGAACCAGCUGUAGGACAUUUUCAUGUGAGAGGCUUAGAGAUGCAAAUACACAAAGGGAAGAAUCAAAAGUUUUCCAGGCUAAGCGCUCUGUAAAUGACCAAAUAAGAUCUCGCUGCAAUUUGCAUUACCGAUGUGUACUUGUAAUUCUUGUCUACAUUUUAUCAAAUUUAUUCAUGUUUAAAUACAGACUCUGAAAUAUCCUUAUAAAAGUAUCAAUUUUUUUUAUGGAAAGUAAUAAUAUUGAUGAAUGAGAAGGUCUGAUUUUUUAAUGUAAAUAUUUCUUCCUUCUUUGUGUGUGUACUGCAAUUUGUAUAGAGUCAAAUGUCUUUGAUAUAUGUUUGAACCUUUU